AUGGGAACAGCGCUGUCUCUGUCUCCGGGCUCGCGGAAAGCCGCGGCUCGAGGGCCGGAGGAGCUCGCGGUGCAGAAGCCGCUGGAGCCCCGCGAGGAGGAAGAGGAGAAGGAUGAGAAGAAGAAGAAGAAGAAGAAGAAGCGGCACCCGGUGCUGCUGCACGCGCUCAGCUGGAAGAAACGCCUCGUGGCUGCACGAGCCAAGAGGAAGGGCGGGAAGAAGGUGAAACCCGCGGCGUCCGAGCUCGGGCACGCGCAGCGGGAGCACCAGGAGCAGGAGGCCGUCGACACGCGCCACAGAGCGCUGAAGGCCGUGCACCGACACGGACCCAUCCCGGUACCCGUACCCACCGUUCCGGAUCACACCCGGAACCAGAACCAGGGAAGGCCUGACCUGAUCAUCUCACCGCGGAGGGUGGUGGUGCAGGCGUCCACAGGCGAGCUCCUUCGUUGUCUUUCUGACUUCCUGUGUCGGCGUUGUGUCAAACUGAAGGAGCUGUCGUCCAAUCAGAUUGUCCUUUGGUUCAGAAACGUGGACAGAACGCUGCUGGUUCAAGGCUGGCAGGACCAGUGCUUCAUCAGUCCAGCCAGUCUGGUCUUUGUGUACCUGCUGUGCAGGGAGGCGGUGGACGAGGACAUUUCUUCAGAGCAGGAACUCCACGCUACCUUCCUCACUUGUCUCUACCUGGCCUACUCCUACCUGGGAAAUGAGAUCUCAUACCCCCUGAAACCUUUCCUGGUGGAGUCCAGCCGUGAUGCAUUCUGGGAGCGAGCGCUGGAGCUAAUCGACUGGCUGAGCGCUGACAUGCUGCAAAUUAAUGCCGACCCACACUUCUUCACCGAGGUAUUUCAGGACCUGAAGAACCAGGGAGCAGAGAGGGAGAAGGAGAAGGAGGGGGAGAAGGAGAAGGAGAAGCAGAGGGAGAAGGAGAAGGAGAGGGAGAGGGAGAAGGAGGGGGAGAAGGAGAAGCAGAGGGAGAAAGAGGGUGAGAAUCAGGAGAAAGAGGGUGAUGGAGGGAACAGAAUCGAUGAUCUGGAUCGUUAA